CGGGGAGGCAAAGCUGCUCACUUGAGAGAGGCUCUUCGAUCUCCUUCGCUGAUGCGAUUCAAUGCCAGCGGGCUGCUUCCGCACGCGCGAAUUAUGGUGACGUUGUACGAUGUGUAAUGUCCGUCCAGGACAUAAGUUCAACGAACUGAUAAAUUCCGGUUCAAACACGAGGCAGAACGCUUUAAAUGAACAGAACAGACAGCGAAGGCUUUGGAACGUUUUCAAAGAAUUACGUGCGUAGCUUUUUCUCGUUUCCCUUAAGACCACGCUUGCACACUCGGACACAGUGUAACAUAUCUGCUCACACCACGAAACAUGUCUCUCGCAGGAAAGGUUGCGCUCAUAACCGGCGGCACGAAGGGCAUUGGCGCAGCCAUCGCCGCCAAGUUUGUCAAAGAGGGUGCCGCUGUGGUCGUCAGCUACAGCGCUGACUCCGCAGCGGCAGAGAAGCUCGUCCAGGAGCUAGGAGCAGACAAGGUAUUGGCCGUUCAAGGCGAUGCGUCAAAAGUUUCGGACCUCGAAAGGCUUGUGAAAGCUACGGUUGAGAAAUUUAAACAGAUCGACGUCUUGAUUCCCAACGCGGGAACGAUGCCCAUGAUCGAUUUGGAGCACUUGACAGAGGAGAGCUACCAGCGAGUGAUGGACGUAAACACGAAGGGGCCCAUCUUCCUCGCUCAGAAAGCCGUUCCGCACAUGCGUGCAGGAUCCAAAAUCCUGUUCGUCUCCACGACACUGACGGCAGCCACCAACUUUACUCCGGGCUACCUUCCGUACAUGGCUUCCAAAGGCGCAAUCGAGCAAACCGUGCGCGUUCUCGCCAAAGACCUCGCCAGCAAAGGCAUAACGGUAAACGCCUUCGCGCCCGGACCGACGGCGACCGACCUUUUUCUCAAGGACAAGCCCGAGGCCGUGCUCAACCACAUCAAAAGUCUCAACCCGUUCGGCAAGAUCGGUGAUCCAAAUGACAUUGCUGACUUUGUUGCCAUGCUCGCAAGCGAUGGUACGAAGUGGCUGAGUGGACAAACCAUCAGGAUCAAUGGCGCGGCAGCAUGAGUGAAACUGAAUGGCUCGUUCAUCGUGCUGCCCGGAAGCGGUUUGAAGUUUAAGUCCGAAUUGCAGGCCUUGAGCCUCUGCGCCUUGCUCUCAUGAACUUGACAGCAUCUUGGUUCUUUGUGUGGACGCGGGUAAGGAUGUUUACGAACAUGGCAACCUCAUGUCCAAGAUUCCAAUGCACUCUAUGUCUAGUAAUAUACAUCGUCAUGACACAGCCACGCCUGCUCCAGUGCAAUAGCAACAAGCUCUGCCGCCGAGUUCAAAACGCGCUCUUUGUCGCCCAGCAAUCUCUCUGCGUCGAGCAACUGAUCAACCUGAACAAGGAUAUCUUCGAGCUCAAGGGCCCUCUUGUACAGUUUGUCUUUCGACUUUUUCAUUGUCUGGGAGGGCCACUGCAGCGUUUCGCAUAAUUUGAACAGCACAAAGUGUAGCCACAGCAGAUUUGUCCGGGGCUGGAACGUCGACCAUGGCUCGCUGUCCUCAAGCGCGCCAGAACUGACAAUGGACCGCAUAUACCUGUAGAUCUCGUACUGGUAAUCUACGUCCGCAUCGCCUUCGAAUAUUUUGGGCUGUUUCUGCAGUGGGUUAUACGCGACGCCAGCGUCGAUCGACGAAUUUGUCGACGAACU